AUGCCAUCUGAAUUCGAGGACGUACUGACGAACCAGCCGAUCGUAAUUGACAACGGCUCUGGUACCAUCAAAGCUGGAUUUGCGGGUCAAGAUCACCCGAAAUGUUUUUUCCCUUCCUAUGUUGGGCGGCCCAAACACAUCAGAGUGAUGGCUGGCUCAAUAGAAGGCGACAUAUUUAUCGGAAGGAAAGCUCAAGAGCUUAAGGGACUACUGAAAAUUAACUAUCCAAUCGAACACGGCGUGGUUGAUGAUUGGGAUGAUAUGGAACGAAUAUGGAAUUACAUUUAUCAAUCCGAACUGGAAACUGCAUCCGAAGAGCAUCCAGUACUCUUGACCGAAGCACCGUUAAAUCCAUCUCACAACAGGGAUCAAGCCGCCCAGAUUUUCUUUGAGACUUUCAACGUUCCUGCGCUAUUUACAUCAAUUCAAGCUGUGCUAUCACUAUAUGCAUCAGGUCGGACAACGGGGAUUGUUUUAGAUUCGGGAGAUGGAGUGACACAUUCGGUACCGGUAUAUGAAGGCUUUUCGAUCCCUCAUUCGAUCCGCAGGGUUGACUUAGCCGGCAGAGACAUCACCAACCAGUUGCAACUCCUCCUCAGGAAGGCCGGAUACAAUUUUCUCACAAGUUCUGAAAAAGAGAUUGUCAGAAUCAUGAAGGAAAAAACUUGCUACGUUGCACUGAACCCGGUCAAGGAAGAAAAGGAUCACCACCAUGUUGGUGGCGGUGCUUCUGGUGGGGCUAGCGGGGCAGCUGGUGGAACAGCGGGCACGGGCGUGGGCGGCGGUGGUAGUGGGGCAGGGAGUGGCGGCGGUGGUAUAGGAUAUGGAAGAGGAGAAGAUUUCAAACUCCCCGACGGGAGUGUUGUUCGACUGGGUCCAGAGCGAUUCCGGGCAACGGAAAUUCUGUUCAACCCCGAGUUGAUUGGAGAAGAAUUCCCAGGCAUCCACCAAGUCGUCGUCGAUUCUAUCAACCGAACCGAUCUAGAUUUACGGAAACAUCUUUUCCAUAAUAUCAUUCUGAGUGGUGGGACCACACUGUGUAAAGGUUUUGGUGAUCGGCUCUUGUUUGAAGUCAAGAAGCUGACUAUGAAGGAUGUCAAAAUCAAGAUUUACGCACCACCCGAAAGGAAAUAUUCCACUUGGAUUGGUGGGAGUAUUCUUGCUGGGCUCAAUACAUUCAAAAAGAUGUGGGUUUCUGCCGAGGAAUACCAGGAAGAUCCAGAUAUAAUUCAUCGGAAGUCGUUUUGA